AUGGGUGUCCAGGACCAUUCCCGCCCUAACCAGCAAGAUCUGGCCAUUAGUGCCGCUGCCCCGGUCGUGCGGGACGAGAGCAAGCCCGUCGAUGCGGCCGUUGCUCUCGAGACCCGCUCCAGCUCCUCGGAAAGCCAGGACGAGAAGCUGCAAGAUCGGCAAAAGGGUCUUGACAACCUGGAGAAGGGGGCGAUCCCUCCGCCCUACACGGCCUCUGACACUGCUGCUGGAGAGGUGAAUCCGUUCGGCCAUGAAGAUGAGAACGCAGAAAUCAAGUACCAGACGAUGGAGUGGUGGCACGCCGGAUUGCUCAUGGUUGCUGAAAAUAUCUCCUUGGGCGUCCUCUCGCUGCCUCAGGCUGUUGCCCAUCUGGGCCUUUUCCCUGGAAUCCUCAUGAUUGUCAUCUUCGGUGCCAUAUCCGCCUACAGCGCCUUUGUGAUUGGCCAAUUCUACUUGAAAUUCCCGGGCUGCCACACUUUCGCUGAUGUCGCUUUCCUCAUGGCCGGACCUGUGGCCCGCGAAAUCAUGGGUGUUGCUCAAGUCCUCAUCCUCGUUUUCAUCCAGGCUGCGCAUCUUCUAACUUUCACCGUCGCGCUCAACGUCCUGUCAGGCCAUGGCACGUGCACCAUCGUCUUCGGCAUCGUUGGCUUCGCCAUCUGCUACCUCCUCUCGCUCAAGCGCCAGCUUGAAAAGGUGUCCUACCUCUCGGUGCUUUCCUGCAUCUCGAUCCUGGUCUGCGUGACGCUGGCUAUGAUCGGCAUCGGCAUCACCAAGCCCGACGUGGGCGCCAUCGUGGCUGUCAACCACGACACGGAUGUUAAGACAGGCAUCCUCGCUUUCCUCAACAUCAUCUUGGCCUACGCCGGUCACGUCGCCUUCUUCACCUUCUGCAGCGAGCUCAAGAACCCCCGCGACUUCCCCAAGUCGGUCGCCUUCAUGCACAUCACGGCCACCAGCUUCUACGUCAUUGUCGGCGUCGUCAUCUACUACUACGCCGGGCCCGAGGUCAAGUCGCCCGCCCUCGGCUCGGCCUCGCCCAUCGUCGCCAAGGUCGCGUACGGCCUCGCGCUGCCGACCAUCAUCAUCGCCGGCGUCGUGUGCGGCCACGUGGCGUGCAAGUACGUGUGGGUGCGCUGCUGGCGCAAGCAGCCGCACCGCCUGCACCAGAAGCGCGGCUGGCCGCUCGUCAGCUGGAUCGCCAUCGUCGGCGUCAGCUGGGUCGUCGCCUGGAUCAUCGCCGAGGCCAUCCCGUCCUUCUCGCUCCUCCUCGGCCUCAUCUCCGCCCUGUUCUGCUCGUGGUUCAGCUUCGGCUUCAGCGGCGGCCUCUGGCUGUACAUGAACAAGGGCCGCUACACGGAGAACUGGAAGAAGUGCCUCCUCACCGUCCUCAAUGUCUACAUGCUGUGCCAGGGCGCCGCUAUCUGCGGUCUUGGCCUGUGGGCCAGUGGAUCCGCGUUGUCCGAAGGUCAAGGCGGCGCGGCUUUCAGCUGUGCGGAUAACUCGUAA